AUGGUUGCUAGAUACCAAAAGAUCAAGUAUCCCAAUCCUGGAGAAAGACAACAUGGAGAAUCUAUGGCUGCACAACGGGACCUUCAAAUUCGCAAGAAGAAGGACGAGGCCUACUCAAACCUGAUCUGGGAUUUUUGGCCAAACCAGCCCCCAGUUGGGGUCUACCGCAACCUUCGUGGAGACUUGCUGAAGAUCGUCCAAAUCGAUACUGGUUUCAUGCGUGAAGAUUCGCCUGAUCUCCAGGAGCAGCUGGAACCUGGCCACCUUUGGUUGCCAGCGGUAGUCUCUGGGCUCCCUGGAACGCAGUUUAACGAGGAGAGGGAAUAUUUCUUCGAUGAGUUCAAAUAUAUCUUGGUGGAGCCUUUGGAGAUUGGUUUUAACAAGGUAGCGAUAAAUGGUGUGGUAGUGUACCAGCGUAAGCAGAUACGCGUUGCUAUGAACGCCGAAAAAAAGACCGUCUGGGAAGCCGUUGAGACGGAUCAAAUUGAUCCGUCUCAAAAAUGUUUCUUCGGGGCGCCAGAUGGAGACCCCCAGCUCGAUACCGUCAGGAUGGUAUCACCCUUUUUGUAUCACCUUCCCGACCACCCUGCCUUAGGCGCUUCCGUCAGUGAUAGCUUCAAGUCCUCAUUCGACAACGAUAUCGCUGCCCUUAGCUUCAACGACGGCUUCCAGCAUGAGCUUCACGACGACAAGUCCCACAACAUGCCUGCCUACGCGAACAAUAGUCCGUACAACAACUACGUACCUGCUCAGGGUUGUGGGCCGAAUUGA